UAAAGUCGACUCAGAAUGUCAAAAUCAUUGCAUUUUUUCCUUCAUAAAAUUGUUGUGCUCUGUGUUUUUAUUCUCUAAAUUAAUGUUAUUCGCUUAAUUUAUCGGUGUAAUCUGUCGUUUUUCAUCAUUAUUGUUCUUCUGGCUAGAAUCUCUAAGGCAAAAAAUGACGGAGAAGGCGUAUUCAACGCUACAAAACUCGGUGGAUUUUACGGGUAGCCAAUUGGAUAUUGUUGCGAGUCAGCUGCAGGCUGUAGAGAAGAAUCUCCCGACGGAAUGCGAGGAGGGGGAUGCUGCGUCUGUGAUGGAACUCCUCGAGACCAUGACGGAAGUGAAGAAUGAGUAUCAGAAUCUGAAGAAGGAUCUGCAUGAGGUGCAGCAGCUACAGAAGCAAAUGACCCACUCAUUGCGGUAUCAAAUGAAAGAAUUAGCGCAAACAUUUAAUUUGCUAAAGAAGAGAAUUGAAAGCACAGCCCCAUCGCCACCACCCAACUAAAAAGGGGGCGCAGAUGGGGUGCUCCAAUUUCUUUCUCUUUUCGUUAUAUUGCCCUUUAUCGGCUUUUUCCUUUAAUUAUCAAUGUCUUUUCUCUGUGUGAUGAAUGCAUGAGUUUUUUUUUUAUUUUCAAUCACUUCCAUUCUGUACAUAAAAAAAAUGAAUUUCAUGACAAACAAUCUCUGACCAUGUUUGCCACAAAGCACCCCCGCAAAAUCAUCCUCAUCUGCCAAAAGAAAAAAUUGUGACAUAGCAUAGCUCAUUAAAUUCACUAGGAAAAAUCUCUAAAAAUCAUAAAUAUUCUAUAUAGAUGUUAUUUGAAGAAAAAAAAGCAGAAAAAAGCUUCUCAUAAAAAUCAUUCUAGCAAAAAAAAUGAGAAUUAUGAUGAAUAUUUAAAUGUUUGUGAAAUAUUCUUCGCACACAGCUUAUAGAAAAAAAAAACGAACGAGGUGUGCAAGGGAAAUUGAAUGCUUGAGAAAAUAUCGUGAAUUUCUUUCGAGUGAAAGUUGCUUUGUGAAUGCCAAAAAAAAGGAUAAAAAAAAGACUCCAUGAGAGGAGGAAGAGGAUAUUUUAGAUGGAAAAAUUACAUGUCUGAAACUAUGUAUUGAUAUGGUCCGUUUUUUUACACGGGAUUUUAUAUCAUACGCCUUAUUUUUUGACAAAUAUAUUUUUAAAACAAUGACUACUAAAUAUUUGAAUGUUAAAAAAAACAAAGUUAUUGUACACAAGAUUUAUGUUUCCAUUUUUAUGCUUUAUCAUUUUCAUAUAUAGCAAGUUCUCUCAACUCUUAAAUCGAUUUUAAAAAAAAUUUUGCAAGGGUCUCAUAAAAUAAAUAUUGCGACGUAUUCUGUAUUCGAACCAGAGGCUUUUAGGAUCUGAGCCGAAUGCUCUAUUAAUUGUGCUAAUAAACAACCUAAAUAACGCACAGCAGUACCAUGAAAAAUUGUUAAACUGACUUAUAAAUCGUUUAACUUUAGCAUUUGAGAUUUACUUUAAAUCUAUUUUGAACUCAUCUUAGGCAAUUUAUAUUUUAAAAACAGUUAACCCUUUAAGGGCAAUAAGAGGUUUUUUCAAUGGCUAAUGGGUUAUGAGUAAAUUCCAAGAAUUAAUCGUGAAACAUUUUAAUUCGAAAAACAUAAAAAAAAAGAUUUAUCGGGUUUUAAUUAUUUUCAACAUAAUUCAGCUAAAAGGAAAAUCAGCAAAGAUUUCCUGAAAAAUGCAGACAAUGACGUCACCAAUGACGUAUGUACGUUUUUAAAUCUAAACUGCUUCAUAUUUGUUAACCCUUUAAGGGCUGCUCGAAGUUGGUUCAGUUAACUUUAAAAUCAUAAAAUAAACAGACCUAAAUUAUUUUCAACUUAAGUCAGCUAAUGAAAAUCAGUAAAUAUUUUGUGAAAAUGCAGACAAUGACGUCAUAGUUUUUUUUCGUAGAACCACAAAAAAUGUUUUAAAAAUACAUUAUGUUUUUAAAAAUCAUCGUGAAACAUUUACGCUCAUAUUUCACAAAUCUAAAACGUUUCAAAGGCUCCAUUCCUCUAUCAUUAGCUCUGAAGGCUUUGAUGCUAUUCAUUUAGUAGCAAAAUCUUUUACGAGACUUUAAGAAAAUGCUAUGUGCUAACUGAGAACUUGCUAUGUAAUGUACAGCCUAAACAAACUAUCUAACUUUACAGCGCUAUUAAUUCACAUUUUGCUUCAAAAUAAAUCCAUGAUUCGAAACACAUGAGAUGAAAUGAAGUAAGAAAGAUUAAUUUAAACCUUUUAAUUUCUUUUUAAUCACGCAUUUAAUUUACUGUGAUUCAUUUACUGUAGAAUUCUUAGCUGUAGUAGGAUAAUAUUAUAUACAUAUAUUGUAUGACAAUUUGAGUCAAUUUGGGAGUGAACGUAAAUGUAGUUAUAUACAACAAAAA